AUGGUUCACAUCAAGACGGCUGCUGCUAAGCGUGGAGCACACCCAUCUCAUCCCAAACGCCGUCCUGUCACGCUUGAACAUCUUUUUGCCCUCUGUGAAGGCCUUCGCAUGUCAAAUGCCUUCGAUGUCGCUGUCUGGGCAGUAGCCCUGCACUUUGGAGGUGCAGAGUCAGCACAGUUCCACAUUCCUUGGGCCAAGAUGGAACACCAGGAAGGUGCAGAUCUGAUCUUCACCUCCAGAGAGGACCUAUGCCCAGUCGAAGCCCUCUGUGCCCAUCUAAAGUCCAACAAAGACGUUCCAGACAAUGCUCCACUCUUCGCCUUCAAAACCUCGGACUCAUCGUGGGCUCCCAUGACUAAGGAAUGGUUUCUAGACCGAUGUCGCAAAAUUUGGGAACUGCUGAAUCUGGAUUUCAUCCAUGGCCAUAGCUUCAGGCCGGGUGGUGCUACAGAACUCUUACUGGCGGGUGUCCCUCCAGAGACAGUAGCAAAGCAGGGCCAUUGGAAAUCUUUAGCAUUCUUAAUCUAUUGGCGUAAGCUAGAAGACCUUAUCCCUGCCAUGAUCAUGAAGUCAUAUAAUCCCACUCAUAUAGCUGAACUGAAGAACUCCUUUGAACAGUUUCGUAUUAGACACCUGCUUGCCUGCAUCCAUAUCCAUAGAAUAAUGUACUCUCACUGUUGAUCUUAGCAUCGCUACAUAGAAUUCAAUUGCUUUGAAGUAUCCCAAGCUUCAGCUCUGGUUUGGGGGUUCCGGUACUUGCUGCAUGCCAUCCCG